CUUUUCAUAAUCCCCAUAUUACGUAACUAUUUGAAAAUUCAAUACCCCACGUGACAAAUCAUUACCACACACCCAUUCCCCCCUAUUUAUACGCACCCUCACUCGCAUAUCCCACUUGCACAAACCACUUACCCAUUUACGAGCUAAAGAGGAUAAUUCAGAUCUAAUACUCGACCAGUCCAUGGAAACGCAGGUUGCUACUCAGUACAGGGGGGUUCGGAAGAGGAAGUGGGGGAAGUGGGUUUCCGAGAUCAGAGAGCCGGGGAAGAAGACGAGGAUAUGGCUCGGGAGCUUCGAGUCGGCGGAGAUGGCGGCGGCGGCGCACGACGUGGCCGCGCUGCGGCUCCGGGGCCGCGAAGCCCGGCUCAACUUCCCCGAGGCGGCGGACCGGCUCCCCCGGCCCAAGAGCUCGGACCCGGUCGACAUCCGAUCCGCCGCGCUCGAGGCCGCGAGGCGGGUCCGGGCGCUCGGACCCGAGCCGUGCUGCAGUUUAAGCGGGCCGAGCCGUGCCGGGUCGGAGUGGGAGUACAUAGGAAACGACGAGCUGGGUUUGGACUCGCCCAAGAUGUGGGCUGAGCUGGCAGAGGCGAUGUUGGUGGCCCCACCAAUGUGGGCCCAUGGGGAUGCUGACGUGGAGGACUGGGUGCAGGGGUCGCUGUGGGAUGCGUUGUUGUGAACCGGCUGGGCUCGGAGUCGGGAGUGAAAAUGGAUUAAUUAAUUGGUUCGCAUCCGAGUUUUUAAACGGGUGAUUGGGUUUGUAAUUGUACCUAGUUCCGAGUGUUAUUUUGGCCCAUUUAUUGUCAGUUACGGUACGUGUAGUACUACAUGUCACGUGAAAACAGAUAAUUAUUUCUUGUUUUUAUUGUGUGUGUGUGUUUUAACAAUGAUAGUUAAUGUA